CAGCAAGUGGCUAGCUGGGCGUGAGCGCUUUUAUUUCCACCCUCUUCUCCUCUCUCCCCACCCCUCCACCCUGCAUCCGACUCUCCCAGCCCAAGUCCCAGCUGACUGACCCCUGACCCCCAUUCAGAGAGAGCCCUCCGGAGCCUGAAGGGGUUAACUCCCACGCGCUUCUCCGGCCCCAGCCCUCCUCCCCCUCUCCUCCCGGCUCCCUCUCUGUCUGUCUCUGUGUCUGUCUCUCCGACACUUUCAGUCACAUCCGCCUGCGGGGGCACAGCUCCCCAGGCUCACACAUCCCCAGCCCGUGCCAGUCUUUCUGAUUUCCCCAGGACCUUUCUGUCUGGCCCGGCAGGCGCUCCCGAACUCCAGCUCCAGGGUCCCUACAAAGUGGAAGCCAGCGUUGCCGGCAGAAGCCCCCCAGCUUUUCUCGCGGUUUGGCCAGGGAAUGGCUCUGUGAGCCCUGCUUCUGCCAUGUGCCUGCCGGGGGAGGGGGCGCCCUGCCCGAUGCCCACCCCACACAACGCCAGUGCCCCCGCCCCCCUGGGCCCCUGCUUCCGCCCAAUGAACAUCAGCCGGGAGGAGCGGCAGCUCAUCGCUUCUCCCUGGUUCGCGUCCAUCUUCGGCCUCGUGGGCCUGGCCUCCAACCUGCUGGCCCUGGCGGUGCUGGCCGGAGCCCGCCGGGUGAGCAGCUACCGCGCCCGCUCCUCCUUCCUCACCUUCCUCUGUGGCUUGGUGCUCACCGACUUCUUGGGGCUGUUUGUGACCGGUUCCGUGGCCGUCUCCCAGCACGUCACGCUCUUUGACUGGGCCGGCACCGACCCUGGCUGCCACUUGUGCAGGUUCAUGGGGGUGGCCAUGGUUUUCUUCGGCCUGAGCCCGCUCCUCCUGGGCACCGCCAUGGCAGUCGAGCGCUUUGUGGGCAUCAACCAGCCCUUUUCCCGCCCAGCAGCCGCGUCCCAGCGCCGGGCCUGGACCACCGUGGGACUCGUGUGGGCGGCCGCCUUCGGCCUGGGGCUCCUGCCCGUGGUGGGCCUGGGCCGGUACACCGUCCAGUACCCCGGGUCCUGGUGCUUCUUGACGCUGGGGUCCCAAGUGGGCGAUGUGACCUUCGGCCUGCUCUUCGCGCUGCUGGGGGCCUUCUCUGUGGGUCUCUCCUUCGUCUUCAACACCAUCAGCGUGGUCACCCUGUGCCGCGUCUACCACGACCAGGAGGCCGCGUGCCAGCGGCCGCGGGACAGCGAGGUGGAGAUGAUGGCCCAGCUUCUGGGCAUCAUGGUGGUGGCCACUGUCUGCUGGAUGCCCCUGUUGGUUUUCAUCGCCCAGACGGUCCUGCAGAGCCCCCCUGUGAUGCUCCCCAGCGGCCAGCUGCCGCGGCCCACGGAACGCCUGCUCCUCAUCUACCUGCGCGUGGCCACCUGGAACCAGAUCCUGGACCCCUGGGUCUACAUCCUUUUCCGCAGGGCCGUGCUGAAGCGCAUCUAUCCUCGGCUGACGGUCCGGCGCUCCAUCCCCAAUCUGGAUCCCGCCAUUUCCCGCACUCUGCAGCCCAAGAGCACCCGGGAGCCGCCGCUCCCCUAACCGGGCACCGAACGUCCCUCGGUGGCCGGAGCCGGCGCCCAGACCAGCCGCAUUCAGGCUUAGCAAAGUGAAGCGGACGCUGCAUUGUGGACAUGUGCCCCGGGGGGGAGCGGGGCGGGGCGGGGGGCGGGGUCAGAGGAAGGGUCCCGGGCCCCUGGUGACCUGUGCUCGCCCCCACACGCCGCCCCUCCAGAUGAUUAAACUCCCUCCCUCGCUCA